GUCAUACCUUAGGUAAAAGAAUGUUUUCAUUCUAGGGCACUGGGGUUUCUAGGAACAGCAGCAAUCUCUUCAAAGGACAGCCGACUGGUUACUUUCACUGCAGAAUAGUUUAGGAUUACUAUAAUGACGUGACCUAGUUUUGGUACACAGUACACUAAAUGUUAACAACGCUCUGUUGAAAAACACAACAGUGAUCUCGAGAAAACCACCGAAAGAUUGCACAUCAAAGAGUGAAAACUCGGGUACUCUUACACGUUUUGUCAAUAAGAGUUGUCACAACUUAGAAUGAACCACCGCCUUCCACUUGAAGUAGCUGUGUUUGAUACAUGUCUAGAUUUGCUCACACUAUUUGUUUAAACCAUUCGAAUAAUUUACAUUGUUGUUGGAUUUACUAGACAUAGUAUUUAAAUGGUAUGAAUUGUUACUAGUUCGUAAUUUUAAGCUAACACGCCUCAUAGUUGUCGCUCUGCACUGAUAAUUGUUGCUGAUUCCAUCUUUUUUCAACUUUGUCUUCACACACGCUCGCACACCAUUCACAAUACCUUCAGGCUAGACGCGAACAUUUGCAAAACCUCAUCAUUGUGGGGUGAUGGACUUUAAGCAAUUUCGUGAUACUGCUGAACUUUCAGACUUUACAGUUUACAUUGAUAAUGAGAGGUUUAAAUUGCACAAAUUUCCACUUUAUACAAAGUCUGACUACUUCAAGGAAAUAGCAAGCAGCAAUCCUGUUUGUCAAAUAAAUGACUUUCCUGGUGGUUCAAAAUCUUUUGCUGUCGUUGCCGACUUUUGUUACGGCAAAGAAAUAAACAUUACUUCUGAGAACGGGGUUUAUUUAUAUGUUGCUGCCGACCUCCUCAAAAUGAAAGGCAAAGAUAAUUUACUCGAGAUUUCUAGGAGGUUUUUGGAUGGAGUGUUUUGUUCUGCUUUGGAAAGAAAAGACAUAUUUAAUCUGAUAUGUGUUUUAUGUUCAUCUUGUGAAAUUAAAUCGGAUGUUGGUAAGAAAAUUUGUGAAGACGCAACCACAAUUGUAAUGUCAUUAUGGUUACACAAUGAAAAUAGUUCAAAAGGUUACUUUUCACCCAACACCAUAAAUUUUACACAUUCAGAACGAGACUUAUUCAACGACGAGUCAGUAACUGAUUACCUGGCUUAUCUUCCACUGGAAAUAUUUUUGAAGAUUAUUAACAUUGCAAGAGAUCAGAAUGUAGAGGAGAAGGUUGUUUUAAGUGCUUGUGCAAAGUACUUGGGUCGGGUUCUUGAUUUCUACGACCCAGAGGUCUCCGGAAACGGAGUAUCUAAAACUUCAGAUGCUCAGAAAAACACUGAUAUGAAGAACGUUCCACCUAAAGAAGUCCCUAAAUCAGAUGAAAAUAUCAUUUCUGAUCAACCAUUCUGUGGUUUAAAUGUAAAAAUAAAGUCCGACCACCAGAUAAAGCUGGAAAAACUGUACAAAGAUAACAUCGUCCUGUUUGAGAAUUUAAAAAAUACUAUAGAACAGUUCGAAAAGAUUUUCGAAACUCUGGACAAACCAAUUGAUAUUUGUGAUUUUAUUAAUACUACGUGGAUUAUUAAGGCAUUACUACUGACGGAUUCAAACAGAGCAAAGUCAAAGUGCCGACUGGAUAUUUUAAAAAUAGCCAAGAAAAUGCUUACUAGCUUUUCUGAGCAAGACUUUGAUAAACUUUCACCUUCUAUAUUGAAUGAUAUUCUCAAUUCUGAUCAUAUGCAAGUAGAAAAGCCACCUUCAGAUGAAGUUAUCAGUCUUUCCAGGAGAAGUUCAAGGAAGAAAAGCUACAAAGAAGAAAUCUUAGAAAACAAUACUACUGAAAUACUUGGUAAUCGUAAACAGAGCAAUAUCAAAGAAACAAAUAUUGAAGAAGUUAGUGAAAAUCAUGGAAACACGAAUGAAACAAAACAUGAAAUAUUGCCCGAAUCAGUAGCAAAUAAGAUCAUAAAAUAUAUGUUAAAGAAAGCCGAUGAGCAAAAGCUAACAAUGCAACAAUACAUUCAGUUGCUGAAACAGAUUCGAAUUCCAAACCACCAGACUUCUCUAGAUAAUGACUUUGUAAAAAUCUUAAUAAAACUUACUAAAUCAGGUCAACCUCGUAAUGAAGAAGAUGCUCAAGAGAUAAUGACCCAUAUUAAUUUAAACAAUUGCACAGCUGAUACUUUAAAUGAUGCAUUAGAAUUGGAUUUGUUUCCUCCUAAGACUGUUGCUGCAGCAGCACUGUAUGUUGCUAACAAAAAGCAGGAUAAUCAAAUCUCCAAUUCAUAUAAUGUUGAAUAUCCUUACACAUGGUUACCUAAUUAUUAUACAAAACCAUUAAUGUUACCAUUACGUGGUAAACCUCAAUGUAUUGAUCAUUUUCUACAUAGUAAUUCACAUUAUUCAAGAUCAUAUUAUCCUUCUUAUAAUAAUAAAUCACGUAGUUCAUCAUUAAAUAGAAAUCUACAAACAGAAUAUAAAUAUAAUGGUUUCCAUCCAUAUUUAUUAUCUUAUUCUACUUUUCAACCAUAUUCAAAUGAAUUCAGAUAUAAUAAUAAUAAUAAUGCCAAUAAUAUGAAGUUCUCAGAUUCAUUCAAUAAUAAUAAUUAUCUGUCAAGAACUACACCUCAUAAUAGAAGAUACUGUGAAUAUUCUACCUAAUUAUUAUUUUUUUAAUUUUACACAAAAAAAAAUCAAUAAUAAAUUGAACUCAAUCAAAUUUAAUCAAUAAUAGAAACGUUUAUUUUCAGUUUUCUCUAUUUUUCUCCUUUUUUCCUUUUAUUUUCUUUCCUCUUUUUUCUCUUUUCCUAAUCAAUAUAUAAUAUGAUUUUUCAUUUUGUAUAUAUGGGGGGAAAUUUAAAUCCUCUUUCAUUGAAUUCAAUUAUACAUUGUGUUUAUUUAUUAAUUUGGAUUAUCAAGCAUCUUUUUCUUUUUUUUGUUUUUCUCUCUCUUUUUCUUUUAUCAAAUAGAUUCUAUAACGUACAUUGGAUUAUUCUUUUUGUCUUUCUUUCUUUCUUUUUUUUGUUUUUUCUUGUUGUUAUUGUUGUUGAAAGGUUAUCAGUUAUAUAGAAACUUAUCUAUUUAUUAUAGUUAAUUUAAACAAAGAAAAUACAAAUAAAUAAACAAACAAACAAAUUUA